AUGUCUAACAUAGCUCUUUCGUACUAUAAUGACUCCCCGCCAAAACAUGUCACAGUACAUUCGUACCAACAAAGAUACCAAAUAAUCAGCAAUCUUGGAAACGGCAGCUUUGGUACUGUCGAGUUAGCCAGGAUCAAGUUCCCCAAAGACGAAUUGCUCAGCACACAUAUCCAUAAAUCGGGGACAUUAUUGUAUCCAUUAGAUGAUUCAAAACGUAACACAUCCAACCUUGUCGCCAUUAAGACCAUGAAAAAGAAACUUCCAUCGUUACAUGACUAUGCCAAAGUCAAAGAAAUCAAGUUUAUUUCAAGUGUCCCCUCUCAUCCCAACUUGGUACAAAUAUUUGAAAUCUUUAUCGACGAUUUAGAUCACCAAUUGCACAUCACUAUGGAAGCGCUUAAUCAAAAUUUGUACCAGCUAAUCAAGUCUAGAAAAAGUGUUAGGUUUUCACCAAUGACUUUAAAGAGCAUCUUGACCCAACUAUUACAAGCCAUCAAACAUAUCCACCAUCACCAGUACUUUCAUCGUGAUGUCAAGCCUGAAAACAUCCUCGUUAUUCCAACAUCACACUACUAUGGGUCCAAAGACUCUGUGCCCUCAUACAGACGAAAUGACAACUUCAUCAUCAAGUUGGGGGAUUACGGUUUAGCUCGUCAUGUCAAUACCGCGAGACCGUACACAGGCUACGUUUCAACAAGGUGGUACAGAUCCCCUGAGAUAUUACUAAGGCAAAAUAGGUAUGGAUGUGAGAUUGACAUUUGGGCCUAUGGAUCCGUUGCUGCGGAAAUUGUCAACUUUGCUCCCUUAUUCCCAGGUGCCAACGAAGUCGACAUGCUUUGUAAAAUUGUUCAAACUCUAGGCAGUCCUUCACUCCCAGGAAGAAUGGACCAAGAAUACCGUGUUCCUAUCGGCGGGUACUGGCCCCAAGCAGCAGUAUUGUGUCGUGCUCUUGGACUCCUGUUACCCUUUGAUCGAGGCUUUACCCAAUCCCAAAUUCUUCCCGAUGUUGAUCGUGGCUUGUGCGAUGUGAUAAUGACCUGUUUGCAAUGGGACCCUAUCCUGCGGCCAACCGCUCAAGAGCUUGCAUGCUUCGAGUAUUUUUCAAAAUAG